CAGGCCUGUUUGUGGUUGCACCCGCAGCUCUUCACCAGCUGGAGAGUUGCGGGUGCUACCACAAGCUCUGGGAUCAAAGUUAAUUCUCCUACUUCCCCUCAACCCCGCAACAUCUCGCGCAGCUUUUCCCUCAAGCUUUGCUGUACUACUUUACACUCCAAAAAUUCCGGGGAAAGGCUAUUCAGCUUUCACAUUGAUCUCAGAUUCUAAUGUUCACGACCUCAAAAUACCUGUAGACCCACCCUUUCGUCACCAAUUCCACCUGGACCCAUCAACACUCCCAGUGACACCAGCUUGGUGCUACUUCCAACAUGGACAGCACAAAUGAGAACUCCAGCAACUCCGUGGUCAAUGGCGGAGCUGCCAAUGGUCUGCCGAAUGAUGGCACUGGUAUGUCAAGCUCUGAGGAGAGCUCCAGCUCCAAUCCCAUGCCAUGUACAACCAGAAGCUAAUUCCCUACUUCUGCAGGUGUCGUACAACUCGAUCCAUGGCUCGAACCUUUCUCGGACUCCCUGCGAGAACGAUACAGCAAAGUUCAAAAGUGGAUCAAGACUAUAGAUGAGACCGAAGGUGGUUUGGAGAAGUUUAGCAGAGUCCGUGACUUUCUUGGGGAAAACUCGAGCAUGCGAGGUUGACAAUACAUUCAAUAGGGAACCGAGAAAUUUGGCUUCAAUAUCGACAAGGAUAACAAUAUCACUUAUAGGGAAUGGGCGCCCAAUGCGACGCAAGCAUUCCUCGUUGGUGAUUUUAGUAAUACCUCCCUAGGCGUAUACCUCCUUGUGAGGCACACUGACACCAUACAGAUGAUUGGAGUCGAGAAUCACAUCCUAUGAAGAAGGAUUCGUUUGGUGUUUUUGAGGUUAUAAUUCCCGCAAAGGAUGGAAAGCCAGCGAUUGAACACAAAGCCAAGAUCAAGGUAUAUAAAGACUAUAUCUUCUUCCAUUAUUUCUAUAUAUAAUAACUCUAUAGAUUUCCAUGAUCACACCGUCUGGAGAACGAAUUGAACGAAUUCCAGCGUGGAUCAAGUACGUCACGCAAGACCUCGCCGUCUCUCCAGUUUACGAUGCUCGAUUUUGGAACCCUCCAGAAUCUGAACGUUAUGUUUUCAAGCACCCAAGACCAAAGAAGCCAGAGAGUGCACGGGUAUAUGAAGCACAUGUUGGCAUCUCCUCUCCAGAAUUGAGAGUUUCUACGUACAAGGAGUUUACAAAGAACAUGCUUCCAAGAAUCCAGCACCUGGGAUACAAUAUCAUCCAACUCAUGGCAAUCAUGGAACAUGCUUAUUAUGCAAGUUUCGGUUACCAAAUCAACAGCUUCUUCGCCGCAAGCAGCAGAUAUGGAACACCAGAUGACUUGAAAGAGCUCAUCGAUACUGCACAUGGCAUGGGAAUUACGGUUCUCUUGGAUGUUGUUCACUCUCAUGCUUCCAAAAACGUUCUUGAUGGACUUAAUGAGUUUGAUGGUACUGAUGCCUGUUACUUUCACUCAGGUCCCAAAGGUAACCAUGAGUUGUGGGACAGCAGAUUGUUCAAUUAUGACAGUCAUGAGGUUUUGAGAUUCCUCCUAAGCAAUCUGCGUUUCUGGAUGGACGAGUACAAAUUUGAUGGAUUUAGGUUUGACGGUGUUACCAGCAUGCUUUACACCCACCACGGCAUUGGAACGUGAGUGUUUCAACCAUGUAAUCUGACCUUAGCUGACAUAAAGUAGAGGAUUCUCAGGCGGCUAUCAUGAGUACUUUGGCCCUUCUGUUGAUGAUGGCGGUAUUGUUUACCUCAUGCUUGCUAAUGAGAUGCUUCAUCAAUUAUAUCCUGAGGUAAUUACAAUUGCCGAGGAUGUUUCUGGUAUGCCAGCGCUGUGUGUAUCACUAUCUCUAGGAGGAGUCGGCUUUGAUUAUCGACUGGCGAUGGCCAUUCCUGAUAUGUGGAUUAAGAUUCUGAAAGAAAAGAAGGACGACGAGUGGGACCUAUCCAAUAUCGCCUUCACUAUGACAAACCGACGUCAUGGCGAAAAGACAAUUGCUUACUGCGAAAGUCAUGAUCAGGCGUAAGUUGACCAUUCCUUCCUUUAGCUUAUCUCGACUAACCAAUGUAGCCUGGUUGGAGAUAAAUCAAUCAUGAUGUACCUCUGCGAUGCAGAGAUGUAUACCAACAUGUCUAAAUUAACCCCUUUCACACCCAUCAUUGAGCGAGGAAUGGCUCUGCACAAGAUGAUUCGACUAUUGACGCACGCUCUUGGUGGUGAAGGAUAUCUCAACUUCCAGGGUAACGAGUUUGGCCAUCCGGAGUGGCUCGAUUUCCCUCGAGCUGGAAAUGACAACAGUUUCUGGUAUGCUCGUCGUCAGUUCAAUCUAACCGAAGACCACGACCUCCGAUACAGAUUCUUGAACGAGUUUGAUGCCGGAAUGAACAAGACGGAAGCCAAAUACGGCUGGCUACAUUCUCCUCAAGCAUACAUCAGUUUGAAGAAUGAAUCGGAUAAGGUCAUCGUUUUUGAGCGUGCUGGAUUGGUUUUCGCUUUCAACUUCCAUCCUACUGAGAGCUUUCCAGAUUACCGAAUUGGCAUUGAGCAAGCUGGUACUUACCGCGUGGUUCUCAAUUCCGAUGCCAAUGAGUAUGGUGGAUUUGAGAGAAUUGAUAGCGGGACUAGAUUCUUUACUACCGACUUACCGUGGAACGGACGAAAGAACUUUACGCAGGUCUAUUUGCCUACGAGGACUGUCGUUGUAUGUUUUCCCAGUUACUCCUUCUUUGUUCUUGGUUAACAUGAAAUAGGUUCUUGCUCUCGAGUCAACAUUGUAGCUUUGAAGGAGCAACUGCUUAGUUACAGUACAUACGGGUGAUUGGGUGAUUGGGUGAUUGGGCGAUUUCUUCAAGGAAUGGUGUUUAGGAACAUUUAGACUUUUCUUUGCUUUGCUUUUAUGGUACAUAGCUUUUCUGUGCCUUUGCUGUAGAUUAUCGGAAUGUAAAAGGCUUCUUUUCUUCAACGCGUGUUGCUGCUUGCCAGUCGUAAUCAUUGCGUCUGUUGAAAACUUGUGCGAACAUGGAUGAUACGUGGCCGGUAUAUACUUCGCGGACUGUCUGGGGUUGCGUAAUGGGAUGGGAUGGGUUUAAGUCGCGUGCUCGUGUGUGAGUGGACAUUGUAGAAAAUUCGAGUAGUUGAGUACGAGUAGUUGAGUACGAGUAGUUGAGUACGAGUAGUUGAGUACGAGUAGUUUUGUGUUAACGCUGGGAUUGAACGUCUUGCAUUGUUUAUUGGUUGGUAGUGAGGAGGGCAUUCAGAAUAGAUGAGUAAGGUAUAUAGACUUGGGAAUUUCUCUUUACACUGUUUUAGUUUUUGGUGAGCCUUCUUGAUUUCUUCCUUCCUUCCACUCUUUUGUUGUUGCUUGUUGGGGAGGAGAUGUGUUGGUGUGUGAGUGGGGUGAGAUUAGUAAAUUGUUGUUAGGCCUCGUGUUUACUGUGGUGUAAGAAAAGAUUGGGGAGGGGGAGGGGGAGAGGGAGAGGGAGGAGGGAGGUUUGGUUGAGUAAGAUGGGAGGAGAUGAGGUUGAGAUGUUGAGAGGGUGGUAAGUGGUGCCGUUGGCGGUUGUACAAUGUUCUUGGCUGGGGUUGUACUUCUCCUGCUAUGUUAGUGCUUAGGUUGUUUUUGGUCGUGGGUAGGGAGGUAGAGAGGGUGGACUGAUAGGUAAUAGUAGGAUUUGGAUCCGAGGGAAUGGGUACUGAGUACCUGUACCGAGUAUAGUAUAUUUGAAGAGAUGAGGUAUAAGGGGCUUUACUGGCUAGCUAGGUAUAGUAGUUAAUGAGAUAUUGUGGGUAGCCUUUUUGGGUUUAUAGGUCAGGUUUGCGUAGGAUUUAUAGAUAUGGAUGGAGUGGAAAUUAAGUGGUCCAAGGGAAGUUUUCGCUAGCUUGUUUGGAGAUGUAUACGGUAAGUGGUGAGGGAAAAUGAAAGGCGUUCGGUGAGGAGGAAUCCUUGGGGUAGUAAGAUUUUAUAUACUAGAUGAUCGAUGUUUUUAUGGCGGGGUGAGGUGGGGUGAGGUGGGGUGGGCGGGAGGACUUGGUGUGGGUGGAUGUUAUGGUGUGUGGUGCGUUGUGGAUGAGGAGAGACNGGCGGGGUGAGGUGGGGUGAGGUGGGGUGGGCGGGAGGACUUGGUGUGGGUGGAUGUUAUGGUGUGUGGUGCGUUGUGGAUGAGGAGAGACAGAGUAAAUUAUAGAGUCUAGACUGGGUUUCAAAGAUUCUUGGUUUAUUCAAGCCUUUUCCAGAAUUGAUACAAGGGGGUCUGUACUAUCUAAGGUACGCAGGUUUGAUUAAGUAAGAAGGUCUACGAGGUAGUUGUUUGUUCUUGUAGACUUGUAGGUCACAGUAUUAAUACCUCCUUGUGCUGCAGAAUGGUUAGCGAAGCGAAGUGCUGUUUGGUGUGAAGCGUGAACUCUUUUGGGGGGGAGGAAAGGGGCAGAGAACGGUACUUUCCACAUACUUGUACAGUACAGAUUUUGAGUAUAUGACGCCUGUCAGAAUUUAUGGUUAUGCACGUAGGGAUUUAAGGUUUAGACUUAAUGUACACCGUGGUCCGUGGGAUUAACCUUACUAUGUAGUAUCUAGAUGAGACGAGGAUUUCGCAUGGAUAUCAAGAGCUCGAGUGGCGGAGUACGUCUGUAAAUCUUCAUAAGUCCUUGCAAUUCAAAAGCCCCUUGCAACGCUUCAUGGUUCCUCUUAUUUUGUAGUAAGUCUGCUUGUAUAUCUUGCGCUCUGUGGUUAAUUUCAGGUGCUGUUAUUGAAAGGUAUAUUGAUUCGUCUCUGGAGAAGGUUACUUAUCGCCACUUAAUAUGGAGUUCUUGUCUAGAGUAUAUCCACAAGUAUCUCGCCUCUAUUAGAGAUGGCCCGCUUUCAUCUGAGUACAUUGGGGAAUUGGAAACUUAAUUAAUGUUAAAACGAGGGUGAUGCAUGGGCUACUUCUUUCUUACUAUUAUACAACAAGGAGCCUUUGUACCAGAUGCUGAGUUGUUGCUACUUGACUUUGCUUGCAGAAGGUUGAAAAUUACAAAUGCGUAACUGGUUCCAGCAACGAUGGUAGGACAUGGCAGUGCCAGACUUGAAGCGUAUAUUUGGACCCAUGAACUGACGAACCCCAGUUGAAGACAGCGAUUGGGGUUUCGGUGGUAGAUACUGAUUUGCUUGCAGGUAUUCGGUAUGGGAGGUUUGUUAGGGUUGUUUCGAGAGGAAUUGAGAAUGGUUGGGAUGGCACUUUGGAAACGAUUCAUGGAUCUUAUGCUAUAUCAUCACUUGCUUCUUUCAUUUACUGUGACUUUGUUUUGAGGUUAUUUUUGUGAACCAGGUUUUCGGGAGUUUGCUUGGAGAAGGGAUUUCGAUGAAAGGCUUAUAUUUUGAAAGAUUCAAGGGAAGUUGAGUUAAGCUUCUUGACGAACAGCCUUUGGUGCUUGAACUGAUUUGAUUGCUAUGUAGUAAUGUAGGUAUCUUUGGAAGAAAACUCUCAUCUAUUGUAACGAAGUGUUCUCUGUAGAGGAUGGCAAAACCCGGGUGAUAAGCAUUCCUUCUUUUCACCCCCUCCUCGAAUCAUCCUCUUCCAUUAAUACCAUGUCAUAUCUACGUACUCAUUCAUCACUAGUACUUGACCGCUCUAAGUCGAACAGAUAUUUAGAGACCUUCGGGAACAAGAUUUUGGAAAGAUGUCCAUUAGAAAAUCAACUAUUUAGCACUUACUUUCAAGACAUAAGUUCCCGGUUAUUAUUUAGAGUCAUUCCAAGGCGCGGAAUGAUCAAUUUAGUGAUUUGAUUGCUUUUUGAAUGACUUUGGUUGAACCGAACAUUCACAUAUCAAGGUUUGCAUCUCCUGAAGCCUUUUCAAGAGGUCUAGAUACAGGAUCGUUGUAUCAGGUAUAUAUACGCAUUUUUCCAUGUCUUGGACGGGGUACCUAUAAAAAAAAAAAGAGAACUCCAACGCAUGGCGACGUCUUGAGGAGAGUACGGAGCAUGACCACGAAAGGGUACGGCGGAUUUAAAUGCCCAAGGAUACUUCAACGCAGCGCGAUUCUCUUCCGCCAAUGAACAUAUAAAGAUAAACAGGUUUGAUUGAAGUUGAGUUUGAUCGGAUAGCAAAAUGAUCCUCUACAUCCUCUCUUCUUUCUAAAACAAACUUGUGGUCAAAUCUAUACCCAAUCCCGUCACUGGACACCCCCAGUUGCAUUAUAACCACCUGCCAUUCUGCAUUUUGCAUAAAACUAUAAUCCAGUUAGAUCAUUCGUCUUAGAAAUAUACAUCCACAACUCUUUCAUCACUACUUCCAUCGCUACUUCCAUUGAAGGAUAUCAACCUGAAAAAGGAACCAACUCACGGGAUUUUUGUAGAUAUUGCCUCCAGGACUACGACAAACCACCUUUCCGAAGGCAUCCGGCCCAAACGUGCAGUCUUCGCACUCAACGUAGUACUGAAAACAGGCUUUGCCGGUCAUCGUGUUAUUGUAUUUGUCCUGUUCGGAUAUUUGUUAGUAGAGCGUGAAAAGGGAAAUGAAAAUAGAAAGACGGACAUCUACAUCUAAGCAAAAUGCUACGUUCCAUUGGGAACCAACCCCACAGUAGGCACCGGGUGCGAAGAUGCCUAGGAGGAGGAGAGGCUGGGUACGCAUUCUUUUAGCUCGUAGUAGCGUGGUGAUGUUAUGUGUUGGUAAGGGUAAUGUCGAGAGGAGGAAUCAGGGAGAAAUUUAUAGUCUGUUAGAGUUAGUGUGUAGGUGAUAUUAAUGAAUUUAAGUUUAGCAUGAUAUCUGAGAAUUGUGUCAUGUGUAGUUGUAGCAAAGCCGAGAUUUGGUACGAGGAUAUAUCAUAUUUCUCGACAUAGCCCACCUAUGUUUGGUACUGGCUGAUCAUGGGUCGGCAUCUACAAUUGACACAAAAAGUAAGAAGAAGAAAGCAAAGGCAGUAACUGGUUAUUACCUGGAACGUACAGGGUACUUUGCAGUUAACUGAGAAAUUUUGGUGUGUUCUGGUUUUAUAAAACCGGCAGCGCAGUAAUAUGUAUAAAAAUAGUUACUUGACUUACACGCCUUUCUGACAAUCUUGUAAAAGGUUCCUCUUGGAGUUACUUUAGUGAACAUGUAAGAUAAUUCUCUUACUAAGAGUUUCAGUUGGUCCAUCUGUUAUAAUUCAUCCUAUCCUUAUGUUUAAUUUUUAUUAUUUUACCAUCUGGGGCUAGUACUCGUACGGCAUCCCAAAUUAUGGCAACCUAUUGGUAUGGUUAUAACGAUAACGCUCAAAUAGCGAAUCAUAAGCCACAAAUACCAAAAGUUAUAUGUUAUGUUUACUGCAACUGAUAUUACUACUAUGCCUAUACACCACCUCGCUUAAAGUCAAGGCAUUUAAGAGCGCACAUACCACUCUUGUAUCCUUACCUACUGUCGCAUUCUCACUGUCACAUCCUUGCUAUUACAUGGGUUCGCCGUGGUGUAGGUUUUGUGCCCCAGUUUGUUUAUGAAGACAGAGGGGGGGAUACAGAGAGCAAUAGAAGCGGGAAAGGUUUAUCUCAGCCUUCAGCCUCUGGUUUUAUGAAUAUUGCCGAUUUUGAUUCCGACCCCACGAUCCCGCCCGACGAAAACGAGAGUAGUAGUAGUUAGUUUCAAGAUUAUAGCGGAAUUACUGAGUUAAGAAUCCUUAUACACUGGGCUUGCAAGUUUACGCCUCAAAGAGGGUUCUAUUGGGCUAAUUAAGUUCUAAAAUUCUCGCCUCCGUGGUAGUUCGGUUAAAUCGGUAGCAUAUAGAAUUAGGAAAAGGUAAUAUGAAGACAGGAAUGGACUUAGCAAGCCUCGCGAAGGCUCUUUCAGAAGAGGUGAGGUAGUGAGUGGAUAAUACCUGGAAACUAUAGGAUAUUUUGUAAUUAUUCAAGAAAAUUUGGUACGUUCUUGGAGCUAGACAGUACAAUGGUAGCAAAAGAAAUACCUUGUUCAGACAUAGUUUUCCUAUGGGUUAAAGGAGAUCGUAGAAGAGAGGGUUCUUAGCACGGGCACAAAGUUCAUGUUGAGCGCAUUAUCGAGAAUGAUGGUACAAAACUUCGGGUACAUAAAAAGACGUAGGUAGGACACUGCUUCUGCUCCUAUGAAGCAAUCUGACCUGAGCAAAUGGUUAUAUACAAGCUUCUAAAAGGAGCAAGAUACGAAGGAGUCCUUGUCAGGUAACCGGGUCUAGACACCGAAACGAUUAUAAAGCUAAUGGUAGACGACUAAACUACCACUUGCAUUUGAUUUUUUUAUAUGGAGUUUUCGUACAAAUUUGAUGAAGUUGAAAGCAGUGGUACAUCUGUCCGAAAACGGUGGUAUUCCUGUCGCCCUAUUAUUAUUUUGACUUGCUCAUAUGUGGCCCCUCCCCCUCCCUCCCAUCUCCUCUGAAAAAGAAUCGUUCCACGCCGUUGCACCGACUCUAGUGGAGGUCAGGAAGUUAAGAUGUAAAAAUUAGUUCCUGAACUACGAAUGCUGCCAUUUUACGAUAGUAAAGUUACCUCUUUGUGACGAAACUACUACCUAUGAAGCGAACAUUACUUUAUGAGCAAUUUUGCUUGUAAAUUAGUGAGGUGGCACAUACGUGGUGGUUUAGUCGCUUACAACGUAGAAAUAAUGAUGUGAGCCAUGGAGUUGAGAAUCUUCUUCCUUUGUGGAAAUUUCACCUACAUUCGUAACCACUCUGCGGAAAGUAGAGAAGAUGAACUAUUGUUAUUGUCCCAGAUUUCUUGCGGAAUAUACAAUUUCUGAAAGUUCUAAGAGAAUCAAAGUGAUUGACCCAAAAGAUUUCGGUAAAUCACCUAAGUUUAUCCAGAGAGUCAAAAGAACGAGAGCCAUCUAUUUCUACUUCAGACAUCCACAGAAUGCUAUUAUAGGUAGAUUUGGUAUAAUUACAGAGAUUUAAUGAUAUAUAUCUUUACGGUACCUUUACAUAGCAUACUUCUUAAGUACGCAUAUGACCUUGUUCUACACUUCAUCUUAGUUGUCGAGAUUGUUUCAAAGAAUUGAGGAAUUUGAAACCAUUGACCUUUGGAAAUAGUUAAAAGGUCAGUCAAAACUCAACUAGCCUAGCCUCCGCUAAAUGCGGACUGGCGUGGUUCACUCUAUGGCAUAAAUAGUCAGGCCAGCCGUUACUGUAGCUUAGCACUUGGUAAAUAAGAGACUUCUCCGCCCAUAAUUUUUGAACUCAUUGACCCAGCUAUUUGGUAUAAUGACAAUGAUUCUUCCAACCUUUUGAAACAAUCCUGUUGGAUUGUAUCAGACGAUUAUAACAGCAAACGGUACUCACUGUUGUACCUUUUCCGACCAUCGUAAGGCAUGUACUUGUGGAAUCUCACAUAUAGAACGAACAAUUCAAUCCUUGGUAUGCUUAGUAAGAAAUCCGACCUGUUCAACACGAAGUUGGGCUCUACUAAACUCAACUCCGGGGUUUGUAGAGCACUCGUGCUUGCCAUGGCUCAUGGUGGGCAUUGAAGGCAGUAGUAGAUAUAUCUCUUGUUGUUACUUUUCUUUAGAUAAUUAAAUUGGUUAUUCCAAAAUUUUAGAACAAUUAAGACAAUUGGCUUAAGCAUUUGGAACAACGGGUUUGAUUGUCCUAAAACAUUGAAACAAUCAUCUUAAUUGUUUGAGAGAGUUCGAAUAACUUGGAGUGAUUAUUCCAGCAUCUUUGAGUAAUCGACAUAAUCAACUUAGGCAUUGGAAGAACGGGGUUUAAUUGUCCUAAAACAUUGAAGUAACCAUCUUAACUUUUCGAGAGGUUAGAAUAACUUAAAGUGAUUAUUCCAGCAUCUUAGAGCAAUUGAGAAUGUUCACCGGGAUACUUCUAACAACCAUGAGUUCCGUUAUUAAAUCUUGAAAAAUCAUGUCAAAUACUCGAAAAAGGCAAAACAACGAAAGCUAUUCCUUGUCAUUUUUCUGUCCAUUGUGCUUGUAAAACAUGGGGGGGAGAAAGGCAUGUUCACUUCGCAAAAAGAGAUUUGAAAGAUGAAAAUGAUAUGGCUCAACUACUUAACAAACAACUCACACAUGCAACAAAUACUAUAAUGAAAAGAGCCUCACGAUUUAGAGCGUCGAUGCCGACAACAGUGAAAGUGUCUUUCUUUCCUCGGAAGUUCACGGCCCCAUUUCAAGGGUUCAAUUUGGCCUAGUGCUGCCACGUGACCCAGUAACCAGCGUGGGCACCUCUCCAAACUCCUGGAAGCUCCGAACCUCAUUUUUCCACUCAUCCAUUCCUCGACCUUCUCAACUCCACUCCAUCUUCAACGCUUCAAGAUGUUCAGAAGGUGUGUACCUGCCCUCCAAUUUCUCCUCUCACUGUCGCCAUAACUUGCAAUUGGGCCAAUUGAGCUAAUAACGGUUUCUCCGGUAGCGCCCUUCAAAAAUCCGCCUUCCAGGCAUCGCGGAGCGCUUUCAGACCAGCCGUCUCUACUGGAUUAAGAGCGUCUGGUGCUCGUUUUGCUAGUGACACAGCUCUGCAUGGAAAGAUUCAUCAGGUUAUUGGUGCCGUUGUGGAUGGUGAGUGAUGGAAAAUUCUUCCCGACGACAACGUGGAGCUCUGCGACACCUUAAAAAAUCCCUUUGCAGAGCUUGGUGGCCAAAUUUAUCAGACGCUGAUAUACCCUGAUAGUCAAAUUCGAUACCGACAAGCUCCCUCCAAUUCUGAACGCCCUCGAGACGGACAACGGUGGACAAAAGCUGGUUCUUGAGGUCGCUGUACGUCAACACGACCAACGAAUUCUUCUAUCACGCACUGACAGAUACAACAGCAACAUUUGGGACAGAAUGUCGUCCGAACAAUUGCUAUGGAUGGUAAGGAUAGCUUUCCGCGAUGGAUUCAGGUCAACUGCAGACACUGAUGCGCAUCCAAAAUAGGUACCGAGGGUCUCGUCCGUGGACACCGAGCUACUGAUACCGGAAACCCAAUCAUGGUACCAGUUGGUCCAGGAACACUCGGUCGUAUUAUGAACGUUACUGGUGACCCAAUUGACGAGCGUGGACCCAUCAAGCACACCAAGAAACUUCCAAUCCACGCCGAUGCUCCUCCUUUCACCGAUCAAUCUACUGCAGCUGAGGUUUUGGUUACCGGUAUUAAGGUCGUCGAUUUGCUCGCCCCAUACGCUCGUGGAGGAAAGAUUGGUCUUUUCGGAGGAGCUGGUGUCGGAAAGACUGUGUUCAUUCAAGAAUUGAUCAACAACAUCGCCAAGGCCCACGGUGGUUACUCGGUUUUCACUGGUGUAGGAGAGCGAACUCGUGAGGGUAACGAUUUGUACCACGAAAUGCAAGAGACCAAGGUUAUUCAACUUGAUGGAGAGUCCAAGGUCGCCUUGGUGUUCGGUCAAAUGAACGAGCCCCCGGGAGCCCGUGCACGUGUUGCUCUUACUGGACUCACGUGAGUACAACCCAAUCCAUCUCAUAAGGUUAUAUUACUAUAAAACAUGCUAAUAUUCUCGUUCCUCUGUUCUAGAGUAGCCGAGUACUUUCGAGACGAAGAAGGACAGGAUGUGUUGCUUUUCAUUGACAACAUUUUCCGUUUCACCCAAGCUGGUUCCGAAGUGUCCGCUCUUCUUGGUCGUAUCCCCUCCGCAGUCGGUUAUCAACCAACUCUUGCAGUAGACAUGGGUCUUAUGCAAGAGCGUAUUACUACCACUAACAAGGGAUCUAUUACUUCCGUUCAAGCCGUUUACGUGCCAGCCGAUGAUUUGACUGAUCCUGCCCCUGCCACCACCUUCGCCCAUUUGGACGCCACCACUGUACUGUCUCGUGGUAUCUCUGAAUUGGGUAUUUACCCAGCAGUUGAUCCUCUCGAUUCCAAGUCCCGUAUGUUGGAUCCCCGUAUCAUUGGUCAAGACCACUAUGAUACCGCCACCAAGGUCCAACAGAUGUUGCAAGAGUACAAGUCGCUUCAAGACAUCAUUGCCAUUUUGGGAAUGGACGAGUUGUCAGAAGCUGAUAAAUUGACUGUCGAACGUGCCCGAAAACUCCAAAGAUUCUUGUCGCAACCAUUCGCAGUCGCUGAGGUUUUCACCGGUAGUAAGUAAUCCUUUAGUGUGACGUAUUUGAUUUUCUGCUGACCACAUAAACAGUCAAGGGUGUUCUCGUUGACCUGAAGGAUACUAUCCGAUCAUUCAAGGCCAUUAUGAACGGAGAGGGUGAUGAUUUGCCAGAAGGGUAAGUUUAAUCAGAUAUCUGGCACUACAAAUCCAAACUAACAUACACCCAGUGCUUUCUACAUGGUGGGUGAUAUCAACGCUGCCCGAGCAAAGGGUGAGAAGAUCUUGGCAGAUCUUGAGAAAGAUAAUUAGAGAGUAAAAUGGUGUAGGGGUUGAAUGGAUGGGGGCAAAUGUGUAUAGUUUUUUGCAGCGUUGAAUUGGUGCCUGGGGUUUGGCAGCAACUCAAAGGGCUGCGAUAGUGUACAGAUGGAUGGGACGACGAAAAGACUUACAUGGACGCCAACAUCCUCUCUGGUAUCGCAUCUCCUUAUGUUAGCUUGUAACAGAAUAUUUCCUCUUUUUAAUUCCAUGCAG